AUGGCUGCUAAUCUAAAGACAGCUGUAGCUAAUAUAUCAGCACCUGCUCAUGCAGAUAUUCCUAAAAAGGAUGAAGAGCACACUGAAGACGUCACCACUGCGGAACAGGACGUUACUGAACAAGAUGAUGAAGACGACGAGUACUACGAUGACAUUUUUGAGGAAGAAGAGGACUUAGGCGAAGAGGACUUCAAGUCGUCCGACCCUGCUGAUCUGACGAAAGCAUAUAAUCGCCAACGCCGGCUGAACGAGCUUGCAGCGGACCCUAACGCCCCCAAAUGGACAUAUCCCAAAACGAAUACACAGAAGCCCACAGUCAAUACGCAUGCCUCUGUCGAUGAUCAGAUAAAGUCUCUGACCCGCCAUGCAGCGAAGAUUAAACUUGAUAGUCUACAGUCGGGAUUGGCGACUCGUGGCGAUCGUGGUACGGACAAGUCCGACCGGGCUACUUCUGAGCAGGUGUUGGAUCCCCGAACGCGGAUGAUCCUUCUGCAGAUGAUCAAUCGCAACAUUGUAUCGGAGAUUCACGGCUGUUUGUCAACUGGUAAAGAAGCGAACGUGUAUGAUGCCAUUUCAGUUCCAGAAGACAAUAGCGAUGCUGCCCCCCAACACCGAGCCAUUAAAGUCUACAAGACCAGUAUUUUGGUUUUCAAGGACAGACAAAAGUAUGUCGAAGGAGAGUUCCGAUUUAGGAGGGGUUACAACAAGAGCAACAAUCGAGCUAUGGUGAAGGUAUGGGCAGAGAAGGAGAUGCGGAAUCUGCGAAGGAUCUAUACCUCCGGUAUUCCCUGUCCGGAACCUAUUCAUCUUCGACUGCACGUCCUUGUUAUGGGAUUUAUUGGUAAUGCUAAGGGAGUACCGGCCCCUCGUCUAAAAGAUGUCGAGUUUGAUGUCCCAGACCCGGAGGCGAAAUGGCGUUCGUUGUACAUGGAACUGUUGGGCUACAUGCGCAUCAUGUACCAAACGUGUCGACUAGUCCACGCCGAUCUUAGCGAGUACAACAUCCUCUAUCACAAGGGCAAGCAAUACAUUAUCGACGUUAGUCAGAGUGUGGAGCAUGACCAUCCACGCAGCUUGGAAUUUCUGCGCAUGGACAUCAAGAACGUCACGGACUUCUUCCGCCGGAAAGGUGUCCACACGCUACCUGAGCGGACUAUCUUCGAAUUUAUCGUCGCCGUUGAUGGGCCCACGUCCAUCACGGAAGGAAACGAACAAAUGUUCGAUGCAAUUGAGAAACUCUUUGCUUCUCGAACCGACAACUUUGAUGACGGGCACGAAGCUGCGGGAGCUCAUGAUGUUGAUACUGCUGUUUUUCGACAACAGUAUAUCCCUCAAACACUGGAACAAGUGUACGAUUUUGAACGCGAUGCCGAGAAGGUCCGUGCAGGCCAGGGUUCGGACCUCGUAUACCGAGAUCUCCUUGCAGACAAGAAACCAGCCGCAGAGGAUGGUGUCGAUGGCGAUGAAGACGAAGACGAAGAUGAAGACUCCGACGUCAGCGGCGGUGUCUCUAUUUCCGGCUCUGAGUCAGAGGAUGCGGAAAGGGAAGCCAAGGACCCAUUUGCAAAGAAACCUCCGCGCGGAAAACGCUUCGAGGACAAAGACGCCAAGCGCGAACAUAAGCGUCAAGUCAAGGCUGAAAAGCGUGAACAGCGUUCCAAGAAGAUGCCGAAGCAUGUGAAGAAGCGCCUUGUUUCCGAGUCAUCGAGGAAGCGGAAGUAA